AUGAUCAUGAUAGGAAUUGUAAUUUCCUUCUAUUGCUGUAUGGGAAUGGUAACUGCUUUGGAUUUUGAUGUGGCCAAACUUCCUAAUGGUCUCACCUUUGCUAAUUCACCUCUCUUUCAGAACAUUUUCAAAAAGGAUGGUAAUUUAACAUCUUUCGGAAGAGAUUUCAUGAAUAACAAUUAUGCCUGGAACACUGAUCUCUGCAUGAAGGACUCUGAUGGAGAUGGCUUAACCAAUGGUGAUGAAUUGGGUGAUCCUUGUUGUUCGUGGUACUAUGGAGGUCCUCCAACAAGAAGAUACAACCUGAAGGACUUGUCUGAUCCUGGCAAUAAUUCAAGUGUUGCUCCAUUCCCUUCUGCAUCAUCAGUUGCGAGCAUUUACAAUUUUAGAGCAAUUCCAACCUAUCACAGUGUAUUGUUAAAGUGGAAAAUGCCAGAUGUUUCUGCUAGUACUAUUUGUUAUAUCCAAAUUCAAAUGUCUACAUUGAAUGCAGUUGGAUAUACUACUAUUACUUACAAAUCUUAUAAUGUCAAUAAUUUCACAAGAUAUAAUUUGGAUGAAAACAAGACUUACAGUUUUAGAAUUCUUCCAUAUAACAAGUUUACUGGAUAUAAUAGUUAUGGUAUUGGUAAUCAAGCAAUUAUUUUCACAACAACCAAGUUGAAUCCAUAUGGACAUGGUAUUGGUGAUAAUUGUCCAUCACAAGUGAUCAAGUGGUCUGAAUUUGAUAACUCCACCUUUAACAAUUCCACUUCUGAUAACUCCACAAUAGCUAAUGAUAACUCAACAAUUGCUGGAAACUCAACAACUGAUAAUAACUCUACUGUUGACGGUAACUCAACUAUUGGUAAUAGUUCAACAACUGAUUCUAACAAUACAUCCAAUAGCAAUAGUUCAAAUAUUGAUGAUUCUCAAUUCAAUAGCACUACCAAUUGCACAACUGAGAUUACUCGUGAAGAUAUCUAUGACUGUUAUGCUACAGAACACACCACUGAAUGUUAUACGAAUUCAACAUUCGAUGGAUUCUACUAUACAAACCAUACUGAUUGUGUCAUCUUCACUCAUAUUGAUUCAUUCACUUGUGAUAGUGCUAAUUGUUCAACUUGUUCCAAUGGAGAUGCCAUGUGUAUUUCAGUAACUAAUUCAAACUGCAGCAAUACUACCUACAUUUCAGAGAAUGUUACCAGUGUUGUCUGUAAUCAAAUUACUGUAAAUACCUCAACAGUUUGUUCCCUUAAUAGAACCAUUUUCAAUGUUACAAAUUGCUAUGGCGAUAAUUCAACAUUCAUUCUUGUUAAUAAUACUCUCAUUUCACACAAUUCCACCAACUCUACAACCAAUUCUACCAACAACUAUAUUGAUGAAGAAGAAGAGGAUGAUUCUCUCUAUCUUGAACCCGAAAGAAUUUUGGUUGUUCCAGAAAACUAUACUGUUAUUUUGGAUGUCAUUCCUCCAAAAUUGGACGUUGUUCAUGUAUUUGGUUGUUUAGUUUUCAGUGAUGAGCUUGAUUUGGAAAUGCACUUUAAAUCGAUGAUUGUUACUGGUUCUCUCCAAAUAGGUAAUGAAACCAGCCCUCAUCAACACAAUGCCACAAUUACACUUCACGGUGAAAGAAAUCUCAAUAGAACUUUAAUUGGAUUUGGUGUUAAGAAUAUCAUUGUAACCAGUGGAGGUGCUUUGAGCUUGCAUGGUAAGAAACAUGAAGUUUCUUGGACUUUGUUGGGUAAAUCAGCUCAAGUUGGUGAUACUUCCGUUCAUCUUAAACAACCAACUGAAUGGCAAGUUGGUGAUGAAAUUGUUCUAGCUUCCACUGAUUACUAUCACAAUCAAGCUGAAAGAAGAACAAUUUCAGUCCGUUUCAAUAGUACAUGUUUUGGAUUUGUUAAACCACUCGUCUAUGGUCACUAUGCCAAUACAGAAUACUAUCAAAAGGCUAAUGGAACUGUUGUUACAUUUGAUGAACGUGGUGAAGUUGGUUUGUUAUCGCACAAUAUUAAGAUUAGAGGUGAUUUGGCAACAAGUGAAGAUUCAAUGUUUGGUGGUCACACUGCCUUCCUCAGAACUGCUCAAUAUGUCAGACUUGAUAAUGUUGAAUUCACACGAAUGGGUCAAGCUGGUAUUCCAGGUCGUUAUCCAAUUUACUUCCAAUUGUUUGGUGAUGCCAAUACUUCCUAUGUCCACAAGGUUUCAGUCUAUGAUACCUAUCAAAGAGCUGUUGCAUUGCAAGGAACCAAUUAUUUACACGUUGAAGGAGUUGUUGCUUUCAAUAUUUAUGGACAUACUUUCUUCCUUGAAGAUGGUGCUGAACAGUAUAACAUUUUCGAAAAUAAUCUUGGUAUACUUUCAAAGGUCAUUCCAGAUUCAAGAUCUGUCAUGCUUCCAGACAAUCAAGACAAUAAUCCAGCCACCUUCUACAUUACCAAUCCAAACAAUAUUUUCAUUGGAAAUCGUGCAGCUGGAAGUGAUGCUUUUGGUUUCUGGUAUCAUUUGGAUUCCUAUGCUACAGGUGCUUCUCAAACUCCAUAUAUUAGACCUAAUAGAUGGUACUGGGGACAAUUUGUUAACAACACUGCCCACAGUAAUAAUCAACAUGGUAUGAUGUUGUAUCCAAACUUUUACACAUGCACAAAUCCAAAGAUGGAAAUGUAUGAUUCAACUAAUUGUGGUACUGAUAAGAAUCCUUGGUCUGAACCAGUAUUUGAGAAUAUGAACAUUUGGAAGAAUAGACAAAAUGGUCAAUACUCCCACGUUCAAGGAAAACUCAAUUUGAAGGGAAGUAUCUUUGCAGACAAUCCAGUUAGUUAUACUGUCCUUAAUAUCAUUAUGAGUCCAAUUGUUGUUAGUGGUGCCAUCUUUAUUGGUUUUACACAAAAUAAGGGUAAUCCAAAUAAUUGUAAUGAUGGUCAAUGUUAUAGAUGUGGAACUGAUUACAAGAAUCCAUCCUCACCAUAUUAUAGAUCACUUCCUUCAUACAGUAGAAAUGAUCCAUUUAUCGGUGUUUUAUAUCAUCGUGAUGGUAAUACUUUACUUCUUCAAGAUUUGGAAUUCUUUGAUUUUGUUGAUAAUUGUGAAAGAAAGCUAUCAUCCAUUGAUCUUAGAAAUGAUGAUUGGGCUUCAAUGAAUCAAGGUGAUUAUGUUACCAAUAGAAUGUAUUUCCACAAUGCUAACGUUAUGUAUUUACUUGCUGGUUUGGCUUCUAAGGAAUCAUCAUUGUCUGAUGUUUAUAGACAUGAAGUUAUUAUUGAUACUGACGGCACUUUAUCUAGAAAUAUUACUGUACCUUCUAAAAUCAGAAGAGCUGGUGCUAGAAUUAUUCCAAGUACUAUGAUCAUGGUCGAUCCAAUUUUGUGUGCCUAUGUUAAGGAAUGGAAUGCUUUCAUUUGUGACGAAUCUGUGAAUUUCAAGAGAUUUGAAAUUACAACUCCAGCCAUUACCAAUGGUAUUGAUAGAGCUAGAGUGAAUAGUACUAAUGGAUAUAGUGAAAAGUUGAAUGGUAGAUUGCAAUAUUGGGGUGAAUGGUGGUACAGAGCACUUUACAUGGAUUAUGGUAUCUAUAGAUAUUCCAUUGAUUGGCUUGGUGUUGUUGGUACACCUGAAAAGAUAAGACUCGAUUGGCAAGGUUCCACAACUUUGAGUGUUUCCAUUGGAUUUGUCAAAUGGGGACCAUUGAAAGUUAAGAUUGAAUUUACUGAUGGUUCACCAACUAGAAAUCUCUCACCAUCCAAUUUCACAGAUGGUCUAACUACUUAUGAUUGUAAGAAUAAUAUUGUCACUCUUCCAGUCAAGAAGGAAGCAACUGUCUAUAUUGAAGAGGCUACCUAUGUUCCUCCUGGAUCUAAUUGUGUUGCUGUCAUUGAUACUGAUUUGUGUGCUAAUAGAUCAAGUUGUGGUGGUGCUAAGAGAGGUAAAUGUGUUGGACCAAAUGAAUGUGUCUGUAGAUGGGGUUGGUACACUGAAACCUGUUCAUCAUUCCAUUGUGUCCAUAGAAAUUGGUGUGGAGGAAGAGGUACUUGUGUUGGUCCAAAUACUUGUGCUUGUUUCCCAGGUUUUGGAGGAUCAGAUUGUAGUCUUGUUCACAUAUUUGAUUUGGUCAAUAAGGUUUUGGCCUUUGGUGAUAUUCACCUUAGAACUGUUGAUGCUGCAGAAUAUACAUUCAAUUCAAUUGGUGAAUUCUACUUGUACAAGUCUAAUGAAUUGGGAUUACAAGGUAGAUUGAUGAAAUGUACAGCAGAUUCAAAGACAUCAUGUAUGAAGGGUAUUUCAUUCAUGAGCGGAUCGGAUAAGGUUUCAAUCUUGUCUGAUGGUAAGACUGGUGUUAAGGUUCUUGUCAAUGAUGUUCAAGUUUAUCUCAAUGAAACAAAAGUCAAUGUUCAACCUGUUGAAGCUGAUACCAAGUUUGAAAUUCCAAAGGAUCUUCAAAAGUUAGUAGAACAAAUUAAGGGUCAAGUCGAUCCAGACACUAACCAAGUUGCCAAUAUCACAGAAUCACAACUUGUGUAUAAGGAACCAGAUACCCCAAUUCUUGUUUUGAAUGGAGGUGCCACAAUUACCCAAGAAGAUGAUACAUCAAGUUAUUACAUGGUUAAUGGUUUGAAGUUUUAUUACAAAUCCAUUACUGUCAAGUAUAGUGGUGAUUUCAAGGGUCAAAUCAAAUUGAGAAAUGAUGGACUUGGAUGGUUGGCUGUUUCAUUUGCUCCAUCAAAGGAUGUUAACUUUACUGGUACUGAACUUGGAGGUUUGUAUGGUACACUCGAUGGAAAUAAGGACAAUGAAUUUACAUUGAGAGAUGGUACUGUUCUUCCUUCACCUACUGCUGAACAAAUUCACCAAGUUUUUGGUGAAAGUUGGAGAAUUUCAAAGAAUGAAUCCUUCUUUACUUAUACUGUUGGAUCUCAAUAUGAAGACCUUAAUGUUCUUGACUUUAAGCCUAUUAUGAAGGCCUCUUCGGAAAAUGCUACUCUACAAGCUUUGGCUGAAAAGGCUUGUAAUAGUUUGGGAUUGACAGCAUCAUUCUACGAAUCAUGUAUGUUCGAUGUCUUGUCAACUGGUUUGGUUGAAUAUGCUAUGGCUUCUGCUACAGCCGUUGCUCAAGAUUCAUGCAGCAAUAAUGGUUCAUGCACAGCAGUUUUGGUAUGUCCAAACUUCUGUUCAUUGAACGGCAAGUGUUUGAGUGGUGUUUGUAAAUGCGAUUUGGGUUAUCUUGGAGAGGAUUGUAGUAUUCCAGUUACGUAUAUCAACUUGGUUGGUAUUAUUGUUGGUUCUGUCAUUGGUGGUUAUGUUGCCGUCUUGUUUGUCUGUGUUAGUUCCAUUAUUGCCUUAAUUAUAAUUUCUAGAAGAUACAAAGUUCAAAAUGUUACUAGAAUGGUGAGUAUUGUGCCAACUUUGGAUCAUAGAGAUGAAUUGAGAUCUGUGUGUAGUGCUGACUAUGAAGACCAAAGAAUUGAAAUGUUGGAUAGAACAAUGGGCACCAUUACAUUUAAAAGAGAAUAA